CAUUCUUGACAUCCCAAAGCUUAAGCCAUGUCUCCGGCACCGGACGUACCACAGGAGGAUGUUUUCGCAGAGCUGUCCAACCGCUUGUACUCCACGUUUCAGAACGUGGCUGCCGCGGUGCAGGAGGCUUUCCCGACAGCGGCGGUAGAGGCAAAGCACUCUUCGCCGCUGUCCAAGCCUGAUCGGCCUCCUCACUGCCACGCAGAUAAUUUCAUCAAUAUGCUCUCGCACCUCACGGAGAGCCUCACGCCGGACUCCGUCAUGUGGCCUCACACGCCCUCCGAGGCAGAUGUGGUCGUCGAACACCUGCGCCUGACCGCUGAAGCGCUUGCCUGGGGCGAGAGGAAUGACCCGUACCUCUUUGAGCUCUUUUGUGAGCGCCAGGUGCUGUCCUACUUCGUGGGAGCACUCCUCACCUCCCGGACCGCGCCUUCUGUGCGUCUCCAGCUCCUGCAGACCAUGUGCAUACUUGUCCAGAAUGCCCGCCGGGAGACAUCGUUUUACUACUUGCUGAGCGGCAGCCAGUUGAACAAGCUGCUGACUGGCCAGCCGGAGCUUCCAAACGAGGAAUGCUUGGCCUACUUUGUGGCCCUUGUGAAGGGCGUGGCCCUGCGGGUGGACAACGAGACUGCUCCGUUGCUGCUCACGCACCAUCCAGUCCAGGAGCCUGGCCUUGAGGCACGGUCCAGGUGCAUCUUCCCGCUCUUCCAGCAGGCCACGUCUAUGGCGACCCACAAGGAUCACAUGGCGCGGACCUCCGCCAGGACAGCCUACCUCUGCUUGCUGCGCCUGGAGAACCACCAGGUCCGCAACGCGGCCAUGGAGGUGGCGCAUGCCCAACUCAUCCCACGGCUGGCCGACAGUUUGCGCGCCUCCUGGGCCUCCAUGGCUCUGGCGGUGCACCGUGGAGAGAUGGACUGCUUCCGUGCAGCCCUGGACCUUGAGGAGGAUACCUUGGCGCACAUCGGGGAGCUGCUGCAGCUCAGGAUGCCUGAGCUAACGGAGGCCGUCGCCUCCGUGGUGGUCUCCGGAGCCCUGCUGCCGCGACUCUUCGCCAUCGCACCACAUCUGAAGCCCCCGACACCGCGACAGUACGUAGACAUCCUGCAGGAGUUCAAUCCCUUUGAUGGGCAGGAGCCAAGCCAAAGGCCGCCUUUGUCUUCCACUCCUUCCGAGAUGGCUGAGGAGGAGCAUGGCUCGUUGCCUCAGCUUCUGCUGGCAGAGCCUUGGCAGCCCCAGUCCUUGCAGGACGAGAUCAGUAUGCCUCGCUGGGAAGAUACGGACACCACCCAUCAGCCGCUGAAAAUCGCCCUGGCAGUACGUGCCAUCGUCGCCUUUGUGCGGGCCAUGCGUCAAGCAGAAGUCUGUGGCAUCGUGAUGCCGCUUUUGCAACUGCUGCUCUGGCCAGAAGUGCCUACUGCCAUCAUCACCAACAUCAAGGUCUUGGAGGAUGACGUGAUGAGCUGUGAGGUCACCCGCGCCUUUGCGGAGCUUUGUGCCGCCAGUGCCAUGGAGGACUUGGCGCUGACCACUUGGGCUGAGAGCGAGGCCACCAAUGCUGUUGCGAUGAGGCUACAGUUCUGGCGUCAGCAGCUGCAGGGCACGUCUGGCGUGCAGCUGUGUGGCAUAAAGGACCAAGCGUCCAUCUCCAACCCCUUCCGCGUCGCCUUGCUGGCGAUGAUGGAUGGUUCUGGGCCAGCAGGGGCGACCAUGUCUCCCCGGCGCCGAAUCGGCGCAGCUUCGCCGAACGAGCCUCCGGGCCCCUCGGCCGCUGUAGCAGCCUGGGCCUUCUACGAGUUCCGGGCCGCGCUGUACCCAGAAGCCCUGGAGGAUGUUGGGCUGAUGCCAAAGCCCAAGCCCAGGCCCAAGCCCAGCCGCAAGGCGCAGCCCAAGCAGGAAUCCUUCUUUGGCGGGGCCAUCGCGGCAGGCCUCAACUGGUUCUGGGACGACACCACCCUGUCGGACCUCCAGACGGCUGUCAGCAGAGCAUUGAGCGGGACCUCAGGAUGCAAGGAUGAGGAUGAGGAAGAGGAGGAGCCGAGGCCUCGCUUGGAGAGCUUCAUGGUGGCCGGGCUCAGCUCGGAGAACGGCCUGGUGCGCAGGGCGCAAGACGCGCUGGCGACGGCCGUCAUAGAGCUCGGGAGUGGCACGCAUAAGGUCCGAGUGCUGGCGCGUGUAGCGACAGACGCAUCCGCCUGGCUUCAGGAGUCGGCGGGUACGGUGCUGGCCGUGGCAGAGGGCCACUCCAAGACCGAGAGCCCGUCUCUCACGGUGAGCACGGCCCAGUCGACGCCCUCGGAGGCCAUGGCUCGGUAUACGCCUUCCCGCGAAGGCACCGCUGGCACUGCCUGCAGCCGAGAGGAGCCAUCCACUGCUGCAGAGACGCUGCUGUGCGCCUUCUUCGAGGAAUGGGCGCAACAUCAGAAAGAUCAUCAAGCUGAUACAAGGAGGGACUCUACCGACAUGCUGAACAACGCCUGCGCGUGCGCAGAGAGCUGGUUCGUCAAAGGCCACGAGCCAGCCAGGCAGGCGAUCAGAUCAUUGCUGACGCUGCGUAGACUUCUCAAGGAACUACGCUCGCAAGAAGAGAUGAUGGUGGAUUGCCCCUCCACGGAAGUGCUCGCGGUUGUGGCUGAAGAGCGGCCUACCACCUGCCCGUUGGAGGACGUGGUGGUGGACGUGGGCCAGCGCCCGGCCGGAUUGCCCUGCACCGGUCCGGGAAACGAGCAAUGGUCCUUCGUCAUUCAUCCUGACGCACUCGUCAUUCAGCAGGCUGCUGAUUGGCGCGGCAGCAUGCUGCGGGGCAGCGCACAGACGCCGAUGCUUUGUGCACCCCUGUGGCGUGUUAGCGCCCGGCCUUCUUCUGGCGAUGCCAACCUGCUGCGGCUCCGCAUUUGCCCCGGGCCGCAGCUUAGGAGUGCACCUUCACGAGGUGCAUCUCCGGUGGCGAGCGACCGGCUGCUGUCUAUCCGGUUCGCAAGCUCCGGUGAUCGCGGAAAAGCGCUCGCACACCUUCGCGAGGGCCGGGCCGCGGCGCUGAAGCGCCUGCUGGGCCAGGCCGCCGCCUUUGCGCGGAGCGCGGUGGAUGAGGCCUACGCCGACGUCACACGAAUCCACAACCUGCUCCACCGUGCGCGCCUUCGACGGCAAGGCCGCGACGACGCCCGCGAGGAGGAGGUGUUCAUCCGCGGAAUCUGCGGCAGCGGACCGCACUCUCCGUGACAACGACUGG